CGGUCCUAAGCCGAAACUUAGAUAUAGCAGGGAGAGGGUAGAGGGAAGCGAGGUAGAAAGAACGCAUUGGUCAGUGCAUAGUUGCAUGUGUUGCCGCGUACGAAUUGCUUGUUACGGGUAAAAAAAGGUUCAAUUGAAGUUACUAGACUUCAGUAAACCAUCCUGAUCUUCCCACUUUAAACUUCAUUUUCUAUUGAAAACUCAAUUCCCUGAGAAAAAUCAGCAUGGUCAUGGAGGCAGUUCCAAGCCCACAAUGUGUGGGAAGGGAGUUUGUGCGUCAGUACUACACCCUUCUCAACAAGGCCCCUUUACAUUUGCAUAGGUUCUACAAUCAUGAUUCAUCAUUUGUCCAUGGUGGUUUAAAGGAGCGUUUGCCUGAAGAGGUUCAUGGCCAGCAACAAAUCCAUCAAAAGAUAAUGGAGCUGGACUUCCAUGAUUGCAAAGCCAAGAUUCUGUUGGUUGACUCUCAUCGUACUCUGGAAAAUGGAGUUGUGGUUCAGGUAUCUGGUGAGUUAUCGAACAAUGGCCAGCCAAUGCGUCGUUUCGUGCAAACGUUCGUGUUGGCUCCUCAGUCCGCCAAAAAGUACUACGUACGCAACGACAUCUUUCGCUAUCAAGACGAUGCUUUUUUUGACGAUGAGGAGUGUGUUGACGAACGUCCAGUUGAAAACGAAAACGAAGUGCAACAGCCGCGUCCAACCCCGGUCGAAGUUAAUGCUGCUUCUGUGACACCUCCCGCUCCUGUUCCUCAGCCAUCGGUCCAACAACCGGAACCGACUACUGGGCAAUCAGUGGGAGUGAACGGUUCUGAUCAACAUCCCGAAGAAGACAUCCGCCAAAGAACUACACCAUCCGCUACCACAUACACGGCUGUACCUGCUCAUCAACCAGAACCCGUACAACAGGUCUCGCGACCAGCAAAGGUUGCAACUCCUCCUACCGUAGUGGCACCGCAGCCGGAGAAGUUUGAAGCUGUUACGGAGCUGGUUCGAGAGCCUGAGCCACCUUCUGUUCCCGAGCCAGCACCUCCUAAACGUGCUCCUGAUGUCGUAACUCCUUCAAAUCCAUCGGCCCCCUCUGAACCGAAAACCUUCGCCAAUUUAUUCAAGAAUCCUGGCGCCUAUAAUGGAACAACGACUGGUUUACCUUCAACCGUACCUCCAUUUGGGUCGACCAAGAGCACCACAAGUAGCUCUAACUCUACGCCUGCUGCAUCGACCAACACGGAAAUUACCACAGGUCCUACAACUACCAAUGGCAACGAAAACUUUGCUGCUACUGGACCUUCACAACCCCAAAGAAACAACUAUCAACAACGCACCGCUCGUCCUGCAAUGAUGGGAAACGGACGUACCGGGUCGGGCCCCGGAUCUUACCACAACAGAGAUCGUGACCAAGACCGAGGUGAUAAAGGUGAGAGAUGGUCUGACAAUCGUGCUCCAUCUCGGGGCUCGACUGAAGAAAUUGGUGAGUGGAAACAACCAAAUGGGGACGGAUAUCAGCGCGAGAAGGAUCGUGAAUUCCGUCGAUACGACGAUAAUCUUCAAGUGUUCGUCGGAAACAUUCCCCACGUAACUACCGAGGAGGCCCUCAAGGAACUGUUUGAGCGUUUCGGCCCCGUACUUGAUGUUAGAAUCCAUGGCAAGAACGGUGUGAGAGCUGCUGGUGGAAGGGCUCCGCUUUACGCCUUUGUAGUGUUCGAUUCACCGAAGGCCGCUGAAGCUGCGCUUGCUGAUAAGCCGAUGCUGAAUGGUGAUCACCGGCUAAAUGUCGAACCAAAGCGCCGCGGAGGUCCAUCAAACUCAUCAGGUCCACGUGACGGUCAGCGCGGUGGCUCCAUGAAUCGCGGAGGUGGCAUGGGAGGUCCUGGCAGGGGAGGACGUCCGAUGGGUCCUAUGGGUAUGGGCAUGAACAGCGGCCCACCACGCGAGGGAGGAAGUGGUGGAGGUGGUGGACGUGGAAUGGGUAGCGGUGGACGUGGUGGAUACAUGACCCGUCGUCAAUAAAGAAGGAAGGCCGUUUUUCUUGCAAACCUUUUAAUUUUCCCAUUCAUUUUCUUCGUCCUCGAGCAGAAUUUUCUCUCCACUACGUUAAUUUAACCUAUAAGUUUUUUUCUUCCUUUUUUUUUUUUUUUUUUUUUCUUUGCGUUUUUUUUGAUACACCAAACCCGUACCAAUCGUACCAUCUUGGUUUAUCUCGCUCGCUCGCUCUGACCCCACUGUCUCAUUCUACUAACUUUAAUUGGACUUUCAGUCGCAAUGUACAUAUUCGCAUGGGUGUGUCAUUCUUUUAAAAAAAAAAACCUAUCAGUAGCACAAUGUUUGUCACUUCCAUAAGAAAAAGAAACGAAAAAAGGACAAAAAAAAGGUCAGAACACAGUGUCUUGAUGGUGUCGGGUAUCAGACGAGAAACGACUAACAUCUUUCUUUUUGUAGUGGAGAAGAAGGCAUUACCACUUUGGCUAUUUUGCCAACAGGUUAAAAACUAUCAAAAUAUUAAGUGAACACUAAUACGUGGUGGCUAUAAACGUGAUUCCAGCUUCGGUGAUGGGAAACCUUUGUGUCGACAUCCUCGGUUACUCCUUUUUCACGUAGAAUUGAAAAGGGAAAAUCACACGUCCCCGGGUUCUAGUCGCAGCACUCGUGUCUGGAUUUUCAGUUGGGAUCGUACAGAAUUCAACCACCUUCACACUUCCCUUGCUGACGUGUAAUAAUCGGUCUCCUUUAAUGUUCGCUUUCUCCCAUGCCUUCUCUUUUUGUUGCAAUUUUCUAUCGUAUAAUUUGUCCUCUCAAUCCUCCAAUCUAUCAUUUUCUGUAAACGGUUCUAACUCAUGCUGCUAUGUAGAUUCGGGAGGUUCAUCAACAGUGGAUGUGUUGUGUUUCUAUCCUUAUCCAACAUGGACGCAUUGGUAUCAGCAAACAAACCAUACAAA